AUGUCGGUGACAAUCUGCCAGUCCAUGGGCUUUGUGGUGUCCGCCCUGGGCAUCGGGGGCAUCAUCGCCUCCACCUGCAUGGACCAGUGGAGCACUCAGGACCUGUACAACAACCCGGUGACGGCCGUCUUCAACUACCAGGGCCUGUGGCGCACCUGCGUCCGGGAGAGCUCCGGCUUCACCGAGUGUCGCGGCUACUUCACCAUCCUGGGGCUGCCAGCGAUGUUCCAGGCUGUGAGGGCCCUCAUGAUUGUGGGGAUCGUCCUGGGACUCCUCGGCCUCUUUGUGUGCAUUUUUGCUCUGAAAUGCAUCCGGAUUGGGAGCAUGGAGGAUACAGCCAAAGCCAACAUGACCCUGACCUCUGGAAUCAUGUUCAUUGUUGCUGGCCUGUGUGCCAUCACUGGAGUGUCCGUGUUUGCCAACAUGCUGGUCACAAACUUCUGGAUGUCCACCACCAACAUGUACCAGGGAAUGUACCAGGGAAUGCAGAACGUCCAGAACAGGUACACCUUUGGCUCAGCGCUCUUUGUCGGAUGGGUGGCAGGGGGCCUGGCCUUCGUGGGAGGCAUCAUGAUGUGCCUUGCUUGCAAAGGGCUCAUCCCAGAAGAAUCCCGCUACAAAGCCGUGUCCUACAACGCCUCGGGCCGCAACAUCUCCUACAGGACGGGGCCCUACAAGGGUGGCUCAGGGUAUGAAGCUGACCCAAAGACCAGGAAGGGUGUGGGAUAUGAAGAACCUCCUCGAAGUGAGGAUGGGAGACGCCCCUACCCUUCGAAAUACGACUACGUCUAG